AUGAAAGAAGCCCAAGAUAGACAGAAACAUUAUGCGGAUAAGCGCCGAAGGGAGUUGGAAUUUCAGGUUGGAGAUAUGGUUUAUCUCAAAACCGUGACUUAUAAGGGUAAGGAUCGGGUAGCACUGAACACUAAGUUGACACCUCGAUACAUGGGACCGUAUCGAAUCCUGGAAAGGAUUGGUCCGAUGGCUUACAAGUUGGAGUUACCUCCGGCCAUGUCAGCUUUUCAUCCGGUGUUUCAUGUGGCGAUGCUAAGGAAGUGCAUCACGGGACGGGAGAAUGUUAUCUCCGAACCCCCACCCGACCUUCAAGUGAAUAUGACCAUCAUCGGUCGGCCAGUUUGGAUAACUGGUACGAAGAUGAGAGGCCCGCAUAAGAAGAAGAAGACAAAGUUGAUUCAAGUCGUAUGGGAUUGUGAAGGAAUAGAGGAAACGACUUGGGAACCAGAAGAAGUUAUGAAGGUGAACUUCAAGAAGUGGUUCGAUAAGAGAGAGAUUCCUCGUAAGGAAAGCAAAGAUUCAAGGACGAUAUAUCAUGGACAGAAAAGAUACCGUCCCAUACCUAAAUCCCGCUCUGGUCCUAUUCCUAACAUCCUUGGCAUACCUCAUGCACCUAAAGCUUAUACACCACCUUGGAUGAAGAGGAUUUCAAUGCCGUGUUCUGCUCCUCCGGAUGCCUGA